CUCCAAGAUGAGCAAAAUAGCGACACCUAGCAAAUUGGUCGACAGUGCAUCGAUCGUGGAAGCGGUGCUUUUGCGCCCACGGCCGUUCUUCAGCCGUCCAGACGUGUGGCCGUUCACCAUCUUGUACCCGAUAUUCUACUACUACUACGCUAACCACUACGACACCCUCUUUGGGAUGUUCGAGUGGACCUUUGUGUAUCUCGGGACCCUCAUCUCGUUGCACGUGCUUGUCUGGUUGGUGCCGCACUGGCUGAUCGACCUCGCCACCAAAUUUCACUACAUCCGCGUUGCCAAGAACUACGAGGCCAGCCAUAUUAAGAUCGUUCCGGCGCCCAACUGCGGCGUGGCCCAGAUUUGUGAAAUCAACCUUGAUGUCUACGAAUCGGAAAAGGAUACCCGCAAGGAGUUCCAGUUCUCGUUCAUGUAUCAGAAGCGCCGCUUCUUGCUCGACGACGCCACCGGUAUGUUCGCGCCACCGUCUUUUGUCGUGGAUAGCGACCCAACGUUGUCUCAGUUCCAAGACUCUAAGGGCUUAUCCGGUGAUUUGACCCAGACCUAUCGCUUGUACGGCAAGAACAAGUUCGACGUGCCGGUGCCUACCUUCCUCGAGUUGUUCAAAGAGCACGCCGUCGCGCCGUUCUUUGUCUUCCAGAUCUUUUCCAUCGCGCUCUGGUGCAUGGACCAGUUUUGGUACUACUCGCUCUUUUCCGGAUUUAUGCUUGUUUCGUUCGAGUGCACCACCGUCUUCCAGCGCCGCACCACCCUUACCGAGUUCCAGACCAUGGGUAUCAAGCCCUACGCCAUCUGGGUCUACCGUGACGCCAAGUGGGUUGAACUCCAGACUGAUGAGCUUCUUCCUGGCGACUUGGUCUCCGUGGCCCGCACCAAGGAAGGCUCCGCCUUGCCAUGCGACCUUCUCUUGCUCGACGGCAGCUGUAUCGUUAACGAAGCCAUGUUGUCCGGUGAAUCCACCCCGUUGUUGAAGGAGUCCGUCAAGUUGAGAGAUGGUAAGGACUUCUACCAGCCAGAAGGCUUAGACAAGAACUCCUUGCUCCACGGUGGUACCAUGGCCUUGCAGGUCACCGCCCCUUCCGACUCCAACCUCGUCGCCCCCGAUGCUGGCGCCCUUGCCACCGUCACCAAGACCGGGUUUGAGACCUCCCAGGGUUCGCUUGUCCGUACGAUGAUCUUCUCCUCUGAGCGUAUAUCCGUGGGGAACAAGGAGUCCUUGUACUUCCUUCUCUUCCUUCUUGUUUUUGCGAUCUUUGCCUCCCGUUACGUUUGGAUCGAGGGCACCAAGAUGGGCCGUAAGCAGUCCAAGUUGCUCCUCGACUGUGUCAUCAUCAUAACUUCUGUGGUUCCACCUGAGUUGCCAAUGGAACUUACCAUGGCCGUCAACUCUUCCCUUGCCGCGUUGGGUAAGUUCUACAUCUACUGCACUGAGCCGUUCCGUAUUCCGUUGGCCGGGAGAAUCGAUAUUUGCUGCUUCGACAAGACCGGUACUUUAACUGGCGAGGAUUUGGUCUUUGAAGGUAUUGCUGGGUUCGGCGCCGCCACCCAGCACUUGGCCCAGUGUGACAGCGCCGAGGUGCCUGAAAUCACUCUGUACGUUAUGGGAUCUGCCCACGCGUUGGUCAAACUUGAUGACGGUGAGGUGGUUGGUGACCCAAUGGAGCAGGCUACUUUAAAGGCCGCAAAGUGGGUGCUUUCCGACACCAUCAAGGAUGUCGUGGAACAACAGGCACCAGGCAAGGAUGGGAUUAAGUCCCCUUUGUCCAAGGUCAAGAUUCUCCGCCGUUUCCAGUUCAGCUCUGCCCUCAAGAGGUCCUCUUCCAUCUCCACCUACGGCCAGGCACAAGCUACCAAGUCUCUUGUUUCCGUUAAGGGUGCCCCUGAAACCAUCAAGUUGAUGUUGGAUACUGUUCCUGCCAACUACGAACUGGUCUACAAGUCGUUCACCCGUUCCGGUUCCCGUGUGCUUGCGCUCGCGUACAAGCACCUUGAAAACAACAUCUCCCAGGCAAAAGUCAACAAGUUAAACCGUGAAGACGUCGAGUGCCACUUGCAGUUUGCCGGUUUCAUUGUCUUCCAUUGUCCGUUGAAGGAGGAUGCCGUUGUGUCUGUCAAGAUGUUGAACGAAUCCUCCCACCGUUGUAUCAUGAUCACCGGUGAUAAUCCCUUGACCGCUGUCCACGUGGCCAAGGAGGUUGCUAUUGUCGAAAAGGCUGACUGCUUGAUCUUGGACUUGCCCGAAGACGAGGGCUCCGAAUUGGUCUGGAAGAAUGUCACCGAAACCGUGGUUAUUCCGUUCAACCCAACCACAGAACCUUUGGAUAUCAAGCUUUUCCACGAUUACGACGUCUGUGUUACCGGCCACGCCCUCGCAAAGUUGACCGAGCACGCCCAGUUCCUUGAUUUGUUGAAGCGCACCUGGGUCUACGCCCGUGUGUCCCCUAACCAGAAAGAAUUCUUGUUGACCUCCUUCAAGGAUGCCGGCUACAACACCCUUAUGUGCGGUGACGGCACCAACGAUGUCGGUGCUUUAAAGCAGGCCCAUAUUGGUAUUGCCUUGCUUAACGGUACCGAAGAAGGCUUGAAGAAGAUGGCCGAACUCCGUAAGUUUGAAUUCUUGCAGAAGGCCUACACCAAGAACGUUGAGCUUCUUGCUAGAUUCAACAAACCUCCGCCACCUAUCCCCGCCGCGAUUGCCCACUUGUAUCCACCGGGUCCCCAGAACAAGCACUAUAUGUCCGCUUUGGUUAAGCAGGGUAUUGAGAUCACCCCAGAAAUUGCUGCCGCUGUUAGGGAGGCCAACAAGACCUCUACCAACAGUGGUUCCAACGAUGCUAUAGGCAUGGGCGAGCUGUUAUUUGCCUCUUUGACUGACACCAUGGAGGAAGAGGAAGCCCCGGCCUUGAAGUUGGGUGACGCUUCCGUCGCUGCUCCGUUCACCUCUAAGCUUGCUAACGUCUCUGCUGUUACUCACAUCAUCCGCCAAGGUCGGUGUGCACUUGUGUCCACCAUCCAAAUGUACAAGAUCCUUGCAUUGAACUGUUUGAUCUCGGCCUACUCUCUUUCUGUGAUUUACCUUGCCGGUGUUAAGUUUGGUGAUGGCCAGGCCACUGUUUCUGGGUUGUUGAUUUCUGUUUGUUUCUUGUCCAUUUCCCGUGGUAAACCGAUUGAAAAGUUGUCCAAGGAGAGACCUCAACCGGGUAUUUUCAACGUCUACAUCAUGGGUUCCAUCUUGGGCCAGUUCGCCAUUCACAUUAUCACUUUGAUCUACAUCACCCGCGAGAUUUACAUCUUGGAGCCAAGAGUACCGGUUCUCGAUUUAGAGAAGGAGUUUGCUCCUUCGUUGUUGAACACGGGUAUCUUCUUGUUGCAGUUGGCCCAACAGGUGUCCACCUUUGCCGUCAACUACCAGGGCCGUCCUUUUAGAGAGUCUAUUUCAGAGAACAGGGGGAUGUACUACGGGUUGAUCGGUGUCACUUUCUUGGCGUUUUCUGGAUCCACCGAAUUCAUCCCAGAAUUGAACGAAGCCAUGUCUUUUGUCAAGAUGGAGACCGCAUUCAAAGUCAAGUUGACCUUCUGUCUUAUCUUGGACUUGGGUGUCUGUUUUGCCAUCGAGUCGGUGUUGAAGCACUUUUUCUCUGACCUCAAGGCCGCCGAUAUUGCCAUCCGCGAUGAUGAGAAGGCGUAAGCCAGAAAUCUCUCCUUUUAGAGGCUGUCGCCGUGGUAUCCCACCCUAGC